AUGUCACUUAACAUCACCGUGAGCACGAUACAAUACUUUGAGCUCUUUUUUGAAUGUGUUCAAGUGGUCUUCUGUCCCGACAAACCGCUGACUAGCAACUGGUUCGUUUUUGUGGCCAAAAUGGGAAUGCAGCCGAUAAGACCCAAGGAUACGCUGGAAUGUGGAAAAUAUUUCACCCUCACAAUAGACGAGCCACAAGCCAUUCUGUCGACGGAGGCUGUCGACAAAGCAGAACUUGAAGUUUCGCCGAUCUGUGUUUCAAGCUACUGCACUUCAUCACCUGAAUGUAGAAUCACCGUCGACAUCGGCCUUCGCUGUCCCAUACAGAACUUGGAAUCGUGCAUGGCCCUGGAUGUCUCUCCUUUUGCCAUUAAUGGCGAUUAUCCAGUCAUCGACGAAUGGGAGAAAAUG